AUGGCUACUUUCCAGGAUCGUGCUCAGCACACCAUAGCCCAGCUUGACAAGGAGCUCUCCAAGUACCCUGUCCUCAACAACCUGGAGCGCCAGACCUCCGUUCCUAAGGUCUAUGUCAUCCUCGGCCUGGUCGGAAUCUACACCUUCCUUGUCUUCUUCAACAUCGCUGGCGAGUUCCUCGUCAACUUUGCCGGUUUCCUGAUUCCUGGCUACUACUCUCUCAAUGCCCUGUUCACCUCUGGCAAGGCAGAUGAUACUCAGUGGUUGACGUACUGGGUUGUUUACGCCUUCCUGACUGUUAUUGAGAGUGCCAUCAACGCCGCCUAUUGGUUCCCCUUUUACUACAUCUUCAAGUUCGUCCUCAUUCUGUGGAUGUCUCUCCCCCAGACCAACGGCGCUCAAGUUGUCUUCCACUCUUUCCUCCAGCCGGUGCUGGGCCGCUUCUUCGCUAGCGGAUCUACCUCUGCCAACCUCCGUGCUCAGGCCGAUGCCGCCUCCAAGUCGCAGUAA